AUGGCCAUCACAUUCGGUAUGCCCAGCCUCGGGCAUACGAUGGAAAAAGGCAAGAUCAUUGAGUGGUUGAAGCAGGAAGGCGACGCCGUCGCUAAGGGCGAGCCGCUGGUGGUGAUUGAAACCGAUAAGGUAAUCACCGAGGUCGAGUCGCCUGUCGACGGCGUGGUAUUGAAGAUCGCUGUCGCCGCUGAGGAAGAACGGCCGAUCGGCUCGCCGCUGGUAUUGUUGGGUUCGGCUGGCGAGCAGCUCAGUGAGGCGGAUAUUCAGCAGUUGCUCGGUGAUGAUACUGCAGCGGCGUCGGCUGCUCCGCCAGUUCCGGCGCCCGUACCCACUCCGGCUGCACCGCCUAGGGCCGCAGCGGCCGGCGAGCGGGUGAAAAUAUCCCCGAUCGCCCGCAAGCUGUGCGACGAGUUGGGUAUCGACCCGGCUACCGUGCCCGGCACCGGACCGGGCGGGCGCAUCACUCGCGAGGACGUUGAAAAAGCUGUGCAAGCCGCCCCGGCGCCAGCCGCUGCCGAGCGCGUCAAGAUUUCCCCGGUGGCGCGCAAGCUAUGCGAGGAGAUGGGCGUCGAUCCGGCCAGUGUGACGGGCACCGGCCCGGGCGGCAGGAUUACCCGUGACGAUGUGCUGAAGGCCGCCGAGGCGGCAAAGGCGGCGCCUGUUCCGGCCGCCGCGUCGGCGGCCGCUGGCAGUACCGUGCCGCUGCGUGGCAUACGCGGGCGCGUUGCCGAGCGCAUGUUCCAGAGUUGGAACACCAUCCCGCGGGUCACCGAGGUCAUGCUCGUCGACAUGAAUGCCACGGUGAGUUUCCGCCAAGCCAUGCUGGCGCAGUGGGAGCAGCAGUAUGGGGUUCGCAUCUCGCUGAACGACCUGAUUACCAAGGCGGUUGCCGAGGCCCUGCGCCGCCAUCCCAGGCUGAACGCCACCCUCGUGGACCAGGAAGUGCACCUGCACGAGAAUGUCAAUGUCGGUGUCGCCGUCAACCUCGACGAGGGGCUCAUCGUGCCGGUGAUUGCCGACGCCGACCGCAAGGACCUCGGUCAGAUCGCCCGCGAAAGCCGCGAGUUGGCCGAGAAGGCCCGCGCCGUGCCGAUGCGCCUGUCGCCCGACGAGGUCAACAACGGCACCUUCACCAUUACCAAUCUGGGCACCACCGGCAUCGAUCUCUUCACGCCCAUCAUCAAUCCGCCGCAAGUCGCCAUUCUGGGGGUGGGCAUGGUGCAACGCCGGCCCGUGGUCGUCGGGGACGCCUUGGCGAUUCGCCCCUCGGUUUACCUCUGCCUGGUGUUCGAUCACCGCGCCGUGGACGGCGUGCCGGCGGCCUAUUUCUUGCAAGAGUUGCAACGCCUGCUCGAAAAACCCCAGGAAUUCGCGCUCUGA